UGAGCAGCUGCUGCUGCUACUGCGCCUUCACUGGGGAAAACCCUCCUGCUCGUCCACAGCAGGAAAGAAAAGGAGCUGUAAAAAGGAUCCUGCACGUAGGCAGCGUGUCUGAGAGAGUUCCUGGUGACCGUUAAGGUGGAUGAUGUCAGCGAUUUUGGACAACAGGUUGUGGGUGGAGACAGAGAGGCAGGCAGGGUUAUAAAAGAGUCCCUCUCAGAGCUCAGCAGGCACACCUCCACCUCUGCUGAGCAGCUCCAUCACACACACUCACACACCGAGUCAAGCCAGGUGAUAUAUACAGGAAACCAUGGUGAAGCGUGUCGCAGUUAUUCUCGCAGGCUGUGGAGUGUAUGAUGGCACAGAGAUCCACGAGGCCUCCGCCGUCCUCGUCCAUCUGAGUCGGGCGGAAGCAAAGGUGCAGAUGUUUGCUCCGAACGCAGACCACAUGCAUGUUGUUAACCACUGCGAGGGGAAACCCACCGAGGAGAAAAGAAACGUCCUGCAGGAAAGCGCCCGAAUCGCCAGGGGUGAAGUGACCGAUCUGGCCAAUUUGGACGUGUCAGCAUUUGACGCCGCCAUCAUCCCAGGGGGCUUCGGUGUGGCGAAGAACCUGAGCGACUGGGCGGUGAAGAAUAAGGACUGCACCAUCCAGCCGCAGCUGGAGAAGAUCAUCAAGGAUUUCCACAAAGCCGGAAAGCCGCUGGGAAUGUGCUGCAUCUCCCCCGUGCUCGCCGCCAAAAUCCUGCCCGGCUGCGAGGUCACCGUGGGACAGGACAAAGAGUGUGGCAAGUGGCCCUACGCUCAGACUGCAGGCGUCAUGAAGGAGAUGGGCUGCAAGCAUGUCAACACAGAUGUGGACAAAGCACACGUUGAUGUCAAAAACAAGCUGGUCACCACCUCUGCAUUCAUGUGCAAUGCUCCCAUCCACAAGGUCUUCGACGGAGUAGGAGUCAUGGUCAAGGAGACACUGAAACUGGCUUAAGAAGUCUCUCAUUUCGCGCUGGGUGUUUGUAUUUAUUCACUUCAAGACAAACAUGUCUGUGAUUUCAGUGUUUGGUGUUAAUAUCAAAUUAAGAUAACAAUCUCUCAGCAUUCAUCUGAUGUUAUAUCCUCAAUGUGUUGUUUCGAGAUUCAAAUAAAAGUUUUCCUACAAAUAAUA